UAGGUGGGCUCAGGAUAGCUAACAGUCAACAAUUAACAUGGUAACUAAUAGUGAGGGAAUUUGUGGUCUGCACACUGGUGCCAUUUGUUGUACCCUGAGGAGUCCAGAAAAAGGAAGUUACAAGUUACCCUAACAUUCCACAGGAUACAUAAAGAAGAAAACUGAGAAGGAGCAAAGCAUUUAUUACAAAUGUCUUAAUAAUGAACAAAUGUGGCAGGAAAAAAUAUAUUAAGACAAAUCUAAGACAAAUGACCAUGGAAACAAUUGAAUCUCAACAGGAUGGAAGUGUAACAGAUUCUGUGACAGAGAGAGAAUCUGCAAAUAUGCAGGCUCAGACUGGUCAAAAUUCAAUCCCUAAUUUAGCUCAGGUUUCUGUAGCUGGAUCAGGCACCGGAAGAGGCUCCCCAGCUAUAACUCUAGUACAGUUACCUUCGGGCCAAACUGUACAUGUCCAGGGCGUAAUUCAGACACCACAGCCAUCGGUUAUUCAGUCACCACAGAUACAAACUGUUCAGGUAGCAACAAUCACAGAGACAGAUGAGUCUACAGAAUCAGAAGGUGUAAUUGAUUCUCAUAAACGCAGAGAAACCCUUUCACGAAGACCUUCUUAUCGAAAAAUACUGAAUGAACUUUCCUCUGAUGUGUCUGGUGUUCCCAAGAUUGAAGAAGAAAAAUCAGAGGGAGAAGGAACACCACCUAACAUCGCUACCAUGGCAGUACCGACUAGCAUAUAUCAGACUAGCACGGGGCAAUACAUUGCUAUAGCCCAAGGUGGAACAAUCCAGAUUUCUAACCCAGGAUCUGAUGGUGUUCAGGGACUACAGGCAUUAACAAUGACAAAUUCAGGAGCUCCUCCACCAGGUGCUGCAAUUGUACAAUAUGCAGCACAGUCAGCUGAUGGCACACAGCAGUUCUUUGUCCCAGGCAGCCAGGUUGUUGUUCAAGAUGAGGAAACUGAACUUGCCCCAAGUCACAUGGCUGCUGCCACUGGUGACAUGCCAACUUACCAGAUCCGAGCACCUACUACUGCUUUGCCACAGGGAGUAGUGAUGGCUGCCUCACCAGGAAGUUUGCACAGCCCCCAGCAACUUGCAGAAGAAGCCACACGCAAACGAGAGCUGAGGCUAAUGAAAAACAGGGAAGCUGCUAAAGAAUGUCGACGUCGAAAGAAAGAAUAUGUAAAAUGUCUGGAGAGUCGAGUUGCAGUGCUGGAAGUUCAGAACAAGAAGCUUAUAGAGGAACUUGAAACCUUGAAAGACAUUUGCUCUCCUAAAACAGAUUAGUAGAAAUAUUUAACUAUGAACUGAAUACAACAUGUACAAUUGCUUUUGAAGGCAAUACAAUAUGUAGCCGACAAGAAUUAUGGCUUUUUUCCUUUGUAUCAUUCAUCAUAUUCUCGAAAUUCUAACAUUCCUAAAAUGCUUCAUUGUAUGUAGUUAACUUAGCUGUAACUUCAAUUUUUUAAAAGAGACAAACUACAAAAAAUUGUAUUUAGCAAAUUCUUAAAAUGAAAUAUUUGUAAGACUUGUUCCAGUGCCACAUACUUGCAGUUCCCAAUUUCUGUGUCCUCAGUAGUGUCCUAUGCAAUAAAAAUUUCUGCAGGUCUUUUAAAAAUCAUUUUAGGAAAGGAUGAUCAAAGGUAAUGCAUCCGGCAAUACAAUAAAAGUAAACCACAAAAAAAUACUUCAGGAAAGAAUUGAAAGAAACUAGUGACAUGCCUUUAUGAAAAUAAGAGCCUAUAAAUGAAUUUAUGGCAUUUGCAGAUUUUUAUAAUCAGUUGCUUUGUAAGGGAAAUACUGUGUUACUGUCCUUGAAUGCCAUAGUUGAAGGACGUUCUUAAUAGAACCAUGUUGAAUACACAUGUAGUGUUUAGUGGUCAUUUAACUAUCUGAACGUUUCCUACAGUUUUUACUCUAUUGUGUAAUAGAAAAGAUCUUGCAGAAACUCCAGUGUCGAUUUAAUGUUACCUAAUGAAAGUUACAAAAAAUUGUUAAUAACUUGGAAUGGGGUAGAAGUUAGAGUUAGAACUAUAUUUAUAGACCUUCAAGGGUGCUCGAGCUGAUUUCCACACUGGGUCUGAUUUCUGCAAAUGCUUUUUCUGCCAUCUCAUCAGAAGGAUGGCCCCAGAGCUGCUACACAGAAGAGCCACUGUUCAAGUUCAGCUUGUGUGGUGGAGUAGGCCUCUCUGCACAUGGUCUGGAAAUCUGCUGAUAGACUUCUAUUUUGAGUUUUAGGUAACAACUAUAGGGGUUUUAAAGUAAAAACAACCCAAGAUUUAAUUUUUCAUUUCAAAAUAGCUUGAAGUCUACAUUAGGUCAAAUACUUUUAUGUUAGCACAUUUAGAUGAAGUUCAUUACAUUGAGACAGCAGUAUUAUUGCUGGUAUCCACAUUUCAUUCUAUGUUUAUAAUAAAGAGCUUCAAGGUAUAAGCCCAAAGCCCUAACCAUGCCCUGUUCUUUGCCUAUGUCUUCUCUCAUUCACUCUUAAGACCUUUGUUGAAGGCUUACUCUGUGCUAGACUCUGCUAUAUUUUCUACUAUAACUUCUGCCUUGUUGAGGAUGCUGCCAUCCCACCCCUAGUUUCAAUAAAAAAACUGGCCAAUGCAUGUGGGGAGGUACAGCAGCAGGAGGUCAUUUAUAUAGCAUCUAACUACUACUCCCCCAUCAUAAUUCUGUCACUUAUUUGUAACUCCCAGAAGGCAGGGCAUACCAUUGGAGCUUUCUUUAGAAAUACGAAUCCUUCUUUCAGAGUCUGAGCUCUAAAUUUAUCUCAAUUUUUGUCUUAUAGAGAAGUUAGAUGAGGAAAGAAGACAAGGAAGAAGAGUAAGGAAAACCCCAAGUUUCAGGUGAAGAAAAAUGGUGCUUUGUACUCAGUCAAUCAGUCAGUCAUUCGUUCAGUUAGUCACUAAAUCAAAUGUGUGCCUAAUGGCAGACACAGAGAAGACUCAGGGGUCAGCAGACAAGCAGUAAAUGCUAUGUGCUAGAAUUAGAGAAAGAUGUAGGCAAGGAUUUUAUAAGAAUAUUUCUGUAGGAGGUAGAUUUUGAACCAGACCUUGAUGUAAUAGUGCUGGGGAGGAAGGUCCUCUAGACGAAAUCCAGAGCACACACUCCAAGGUGCUUGAAUUUAGGAGAGGGGGGAGGUCAAGUCAGUACUCACACAAGAAUUAGUUUGGUGUAAAAAAGAAUGUGUGCUUCACUCUAAAAUAGUUAUUUCAGAGGAAGAGGAUUGCAUCUGAUUACUUGGGGCCGAAAAUAAAUGUCCCCUCAUCUCCAUAAUGCUUUAAAAAUAAAAUUUUAGCCCUGGCCGGUGUUGCUAUGUGGUUAGAGCAUUGGACUGCAGACUGAAGGGUCACAGGUUUGAUUUUCAAUCAAGGGCA